AUGGUAGUAUAUAUCGUUUACGGGUUCCGGUGGUCAAGAGUUGGCACCCUCACUGCACCAGGGAUUCGUCCACAUAUCGUGAUAAAUGACCUUCUAGACGCUGCCUCCGACUAUAUCCAAGAGCCACGAACCGCUAAAGAGGUAAUACAAUCGUUUGAACGAAUUGACGCCAACAUCCCAUCGCAUCUCCCAAAUCUGGCUUUAAUAGAGCAAUAUGACUCGGAGGACACCAGCAUAUCUGCUCUCAGUCAACCAUACGCUUUUGUUUGCUCGAAGGUGGUCCCAAUCGGAGAUGGCUCAGAACCACAGUUCAACUUCUUCUUAAGCCUUGAUCUGGAAGAUUUCAUAAGUAAAGGCCCAGGCUUAUCCGCAGCGGAAUUGGCCACAUUUGCGAACCUGAGAGAAGUCCUAGCUCCUGGCGAGAAGGUUGGUUGGUGGAUAGUAUAUAACGGGAACCCCGAGAGAUUUUCUGCGGACAAGACAGGGUCGGACUCAGAUACUACUGAGGGGGAUGGCGAGCCAGAGGAAGCUGGUCACAGAAGCGGCCCACCUGUAUGUGUACCGAUAAAGUCCAUUAUUAUUGCUUGCACCCACACAGCUGCUAAUAAUCCUGUUAGCCCACUAGAUCUGUCAAACCUCCGGCUGUUCCCCCAAAACCGAGGUUUAACCUUCCAGCGAGGCCCAAAAAGUAGUUCGCUGAGGACAAACUUGACGAGCUUUCCGUGGAGCGGGUUUGAUGCUCCGACAGUUGAUUCCAGUGUAUGCUAUCCAAAGAGAGUGUAG